AUGCUUUUUCAGAUUGAUCGUCUACGUACCGUCCUGAACGAGACGGUGGAAAUCCAUGGGAAAGGGAAUUUCCCGACGAUUUCAGCCCGGCUUAUCGAUAUCAUCUCAUGUGUGAGGGAAAAGCUCAGAGAAGCUGGCAUGCCGCCAAAAUCAGUGAAACUCAACGGAGGUGCAGCAUCGCAUGUCGCUUCUGCUGACGAUUUCUCAUACGCUGAUCUUGAUCUCAUUUUCCCAAUGGAGGUGGAGAAUUCGGAUAGUUUUGAUAAGGUUCGUGAGGCAGUGUUUGACACCAUCAUGGAUAUGAUGCCGUCCGCAAAUAAAACGAAAAUCAACGCUGACACCUUGAAAGAUGUCUACAUUGGCAAAAUGGUCAAGGUGUCCGGUGAGGACGAUCGUUGGUCGUUGUUCUCGCUACACAACGAUUUUGGACGGUGUAUUGAGCUGAAAUUCGUCGACAAAAUGCGUCGACAAUUCGAAUUCUCAGUCGAUUCGUUCCAAAUCACCCUCGAUUCACUGUUGGAUGAUUUCGAUGCUCCUGAACCAAAAGUCUACAUUGAAAGCAUGUUUGGUGAUGUACAUCAGGCAAUGUCUCAUCUGCACGAACGGCUCAUCGAUACUCGCCGUCCUGAGGAAAUCCGUGGUGGUGGUCUACUUAAAUAUUGCCAUCUACUUACAAGAGGCUAUAAAGCAGCUCGGCCAUCAAAAUGCCGGCAACUAGAGAGGUACAUGUGCUCUCGUUUCUUCAUCGACUUCCCUGAUGUAAUGAGCCAAGAGCAAAAACUAAGGACCUACCUGGACAAUCAUUUCGGCUCGAACAACGACCAGGUUUGUUCGUUUGUACAGAAAUCCCCCUCGAAAUCACGGGGUUACGCUCUGUUUUGCAAUGGCAGCUGGCUGACGUUCAGUCUUUGA